AUGCGUGGCCAGGUGGCUCUGCUGCGUGCUGCCUUGUCCACAGCGCAGGUCCUCGCGUGGCCCCCGCCGUGCGUGUCGCCCCGGCGGCCCGCUCCCAGCGGGCCCGGCUCCUCCCGGCGGGCAACAAAAAACAAGCUCUCAGAGGACAGUGAUGCUCCCCCACCCAAGAGAUCCCAUAUCUUCUACGGCAGCUUGGAGGAGAAGGAAAGGGAACGUCUUGCCAAAGGAGAAUCAGGGCUCCUGGGAAGAGAGAGAGUGAAAGCUGCGAUUGAGGCAGGCAAUAUUAACAUAACCAGCGGUGAGGUCUUUGAUCUUGAAGACCACAUAAGUGAGCGUCAGGCAGAAGUGUUGGCUGAGUUUGAGCGCAGGAAGCGUGCCAGGCAGAUCAACGUUUCCACAGAUGACUCUGAAGUCAAGGCGUGCCUGCGAGCACUGGGGGAGCCCAUCACGCUCUUUGGAGAGGGGCCUGCAGAACGGAGAGAAAGAUUGAGAAAUAUCCUCUCGGUGGUUGGCACAGACGCCUUAGAAAAAACCAAGAAAGAUGAUGAUAAAUCUAAGAAAUCCAAAGAAGAGUAUCAGCAAACUUGGUAUCAUGAAGGGCCAAACAGCCUGAAAACAGCUAGGCUGUGGAUCGCCAACUACUCGCUUCCCAGGGCAACAAAGCGGCUGGAAGAAGCCCGUCUGUACAAAGAGAUUCCAGAAGCGACCAGGACAUCCCAGAAGCAAGAACUGCACAAAUCCCUGAGGUCCUUGAAUAAUUUCUGCAGUCAGAUUGGGGAUGACCGCCCGAUAUCUUACUGCCAUUUCAGUCCCAAUUCCAAACUCCUCGCCACAGCCUGCUGGAGUGGCCUGUGCAAGCUCUGGUCUGUGCCUGACUGCAAUCUUGUUCAUACUUUAAGAGGGCACAACACCAAUGUAGGAGCAAUAGUGUUCCAUCCCCAGGCUACUGUCUCCCUGGACAAGAAGGACAUCAACCUGGCCUCUUGUGCAGCUGAUGGCUCUGUCAAACUCUGGAACCUUGAAAGUGAUGAACCGGUGGCAGAUAUCGAGGGCCAUACAAUGAGAGUGGCACGAGUGAUGUGGCAUCCCUCUGGGAGGUUCCUGGGCACCACUUGCUAUGAUCACUCCUGGCGCCUCUGGGACCUGCAAGCUCAAGAGGAGAUUCUCCAUCAGGAGGGGCACAGCAAGGGGGUUUAUGACAUCGCCUUCCACAUUGAUGGCUCUCUUGCUGGGACUGGUGGCAUGGAUGCUUUUGGUCGGGUGUGGGAUCUGCGUACUGGGCGCUGUAUCAUGUUCCUGGAGGGCCACCUGAAGGAAAUCUAUGGGAUUAACUUCUCCCCAAAUGGAUACCACAUAGCAACGGGCAGCGGGGACAACACAUGCAAAGUGUGGGACCUCCGCCAGAGGAAGUGUGUCUACACCAUACCUGCCCACCAGAACCUGGUGACCGGAGUGAAGUUUGAACCUACGCAUGGUAACUUCCUGCUCACCGGUGCUUAUGAUAACACAGCCAAGAUCUGGACUCACCCAGGCUGGUCCCCUCUGAAAACGCUGGCUGGCCACGAGGGAAAAGUAAUGGGACUGGAUAUCUCCUCAGAUGGGCAGCUAAUAGCAACAUGCUCAUAUGACAGGACCUUCAAGUUGUGGAUGGCAGAGUAGCUCUGAGCUGCCAGUGACCCAGGACAGGGAAUAUCACAGACUGGGUUGUCCCUGCAUUUUUAUAUUUAAAAAAAAAAAAAAAGUCAACUGUUGCAUCAACUACAAUGGUGGCUGGAGUUGAUGGCUGAUGUCGGCUUCCCCAUGGUGCUGGUGCAUCCCCUGUGCUGGGAGUUGGCCAAAGUCAGAGUUGAUCUGAGCUCCUGGAGUGAUUCUGUAACCUCACCUUGUAUGAUUUGUAUAAUCUCUACCCCCUGGCUCUGGGGAGAAAUUCUGGUGUGAGCCAUCUACUCUACCACACCUUCCUCAUGGGCUUUAUUCUUUGUUAUACAUGUUUGUAAAUACCCACACACCCCUUCAGAUGUACUGUACCAUAAAACCCAUUGGUUGGCAUCACCCUCAAGAUCAGUUUUGUAGGAGACUUUCCCCAGCUGUGGAGCCUGAAUGAUCUUGCUUUUGGCAAAGAGCCAGCUGCUUCAGUCAUUUAAAUGUGGCACAUUGGUUCUCCCAGCACAGAGCUUGGAUCUCUGCAGAAUGUGGAAGCCCAUGCCCCUUUAGGCAUCUGCUGUGGGUGAAUUUUAAGCAGUGGGGCAGAAGGGAGUUUUCUCUUCACGCAAAAUCAGGCUUGAACUGCCCACUGCCCUAGAUCCCCUUCUGCCUCUCUGAUACUUCAGAUAUUAAACCACAAACUUUCAAGUGACAUGGACUUCUCCAGUUUAAGGUGCCUGCAAGUCUGCUGGGACAUGCAUACAGAGGUGUCAGUUACAGUUUUGUUGCUAGUUUGUUUCACUUUAAGGUUCUUGCUCUAGCCACCCACUGUAUUUGAGAGUGGAUGGGUGAUACAGGGUUGUUCGUUCUCAGUUGCACCCUUCCCUGUGUUUUGUUUGUAUGCACUAACCAGUGCAUUAAACAGGGUGAGGGAGAUAGCCAUGCAGUGUGGAAAAGCUGAUCUUUGUGGGACUGUCUCUGAAAAGUGCCCCCAGCAAGGGAGAAGCAGCGUCAUCUUCUCCCAUUCCUCUCGAGAGUAGCAGUACAUGCCUGCAGCAGUGUAGUUCUUCACCACCCCCAAUUCCCUAAGUACUAUGAGGGAUCAUAGUUAGUGAAAAGGCUGAGGAAGUGAGAUUACUCCUUGCCUCUCUAGCUGACUACAUGAAACAUCUGGUCUCACCUGCUCUUUGCCCCACCACCUCUAAUUCAUUAUUGAGAGGGUUACCCCUGAGGAAACAAUGGCAGCUGACCAAUGCCCUGCACGUAGUCUGCUAGGAGUGGCCAUCUUUCUGCCCAGGGGUUGCAGUGGCAACAUACUGCUAAAGUGCAGCACAGACUUUGCAUAUAAACCUAAAACAAGUGCUACCAUAAUCCCAGUCUGUACAGUGAGAGCUGCACAAGGGACCCCACUUUCAGUCAGCCCUGGCCGGGAAACCACUUAAAAUGUCCCCUGAGCUAUCCAGUCUAAUUUAUUUGCUCUUUAAGAUCCAUCUCUACUAAGCAACUGAUGUUUGGUCUUCUGGACAGUACCUUAAACCAGGUUACACUGUAGUUUGCAGGCAAAUAGAAGUCAUGUGAUUGAGCAGCAAUACAUCAUUUGACUGAGUUCCCUACAGCUACCCAGCCAUGUCCCUCUGGGCUGUACCUUAGAGAGAGGUGCCAGCAGAAGGAGCUGCUGCUGGAACAGGCUGAGAUCUAGCUGGACUCUGACCUAGCAGGACUUGCUUUAUUAAAUAAAUGUAGCCACCUGCCUGCU